AUGCCGUGCACAGAAAGCGUGCCUCUCCCCUCUGGAGACUCACCUCCAGGUUCUGGCAGUUACGGUCUGAGCUACUGGAUUAAAGGUCUCUUCCUCGCCAUACCGAAGAGCAAGCCGGCCGCCAAGGUGAUGAUAUGCUGCUGUGUACUGGAAGUCUUCCUGGGCUGCUGUUCACUGAUCGAGUCCUUGAUUAUGCAAUCCCUCGUCUCACGAGACAAAGUGUUCCUCAUGGCCUUGGUCCGUCUCGUCUUCGAAGCCAUUACUCCGAUUGUUGGAGAGGCCAUAUCGGCCCUUCGGACGUUCACUGGCAGGGAGACACACAAAAACUUUAUGAACACCUUGGGACAGAGCAAGAGAUACUCGUCAGACAAUGACCAGGGGAAAGGUCCAUCGAUGAAUAAGAUAGGCGCCGUCGACGUCUACUGUCAGGAGAUCAGGUCACUCUUCCUCAAUCUGACCACCCUCUGUAUCACUCUGGUCUCCCUCAUAGCCAGCGGCUGUUCUGAACGGAGCAUUUGGGUCGCCACGCUACCUUUCUACUCGUUGUGCGACCUUACGGUGAUUGCCGUGGAUAUACUGCGCCGCCAUCCCGCGACUUAUGAGCUGCUCGCGGCGAAGUCGUCACUCAGCGGUCGAUCGUCAGUGACUAUGCCAAAACAGUCGAGCGAGUUCAUUGAGUACUGA